GUCUAUGCAAAAACGUGUAGCGGAAGUUGGCCAAAUACAAAAUUUUCCUUUGCUCAUUUCAAUGCGCGACUGAAAUUUGAAAAAAAGCGAAUGAAAAAAACUGUAUUAAAUCAUCAACAAAAAUAGAAAAAGACUCAAACUAACGGUACUAUGAGCACAGCUGUUUGAGCAGAAGCAACAACAACAAGAGCAAAACAGCACGCACCAAAUCACAAACAACAACAACAACAACAACAAUCAAAAUAGCCGCAACAUAUAAUUAAUAUGUACGAGAAAACAUUAACAAUAGGAACUGCAAAAGUUAAUAAUGCAUAUGAGUGGCAAAAAGUGAGUUACGGCAAAAAUCAAGCAGCGGCGGUGGCAUUAACAACAGCUAAAACCAAGCAAAGGCAAUUAAAGCCCCAGCACAGCAAUAAAAAAACAUUAGCGAACAGUGCGAAAAAUGCAACAGAAACACAAAUAAAACAUUUAAAACCGGCAAAAGCAGCACCAAUAGCAACAACAACAACAUUAACGUCUUCUUUUAAGCCGGCAACGCAAACGCCGCUGAUCAAAAAAUACGUUGGCAACGCGGCACGUCGUCAAACGCUUGCGCACCAAAUUAAGCGCGCACACCGCCAUCUAUUGACAAGCGGCGGCAACGAUAAGCAGCCACUAAAGCAACAGCGUAAUAAUAAAGAAACAUCAGGUAGCAGCGCAGCUGCUGCAGGACAGCAGACAAAAACAACAAAACAGCAGCAGCAACAGCAGCGCAAUAAACGCAUAAUAAAUGCAAAUAAACAGUUCCAUAGCCACAAAAGUGAUAAUCAAAAGCAUAAGCAAAAAAAUCAAAAACAACAAAGCAAGCGUGCCAACAGCGGCCACAACGCGGCCGACGGCAACAAAUCAGAGCUCUCAUCGCGCUGGUGCUCCAUCGAGGAGCAGCUAAAUGUGCUAGAUAAUCUCCUCCACUACGAUGAGCAGGCGGAACUCUAUUUAGCACAACUCUACCACAAUUAUCAACAAGUCCAGCACUCGACUGUUGGGGACAGUGAUUCGGAGACUUCGGACAACUGGAGCUGGAGUGACUACGACCUAGACAUGUCACAUAACAACAACAGUAUCGACGACGACGCCCUGUCCAGCACCAGCGGUGCGGGCAGCCACAGCACCAACAAUUCCAAUACUUCGCCGCUGGUGCCGUCCUCUCUAAAGCGGCGCGGUCAUCAGCAUCAUCCACGUUUUGCGGGUACACGGCGUCCCAAUGUACCCAACGUGCAAGAAAUACUGGCGGCACUCUAUCGCGGCGACUCCAAGGGUGUGCUGUCCAAUCUGCGCGGCGAGACGCAGUCGCAGCCAGAAGCAGACUUGGAGGCUGAGCAGCCCUCCACUGUUGUUAGCCGCAGUACACUCAGCCUGCCGCUGAGCGAAUCGGUGACAAACUCUUUGGGCAGCAACAGCCCCACCCCGACCGAUGAGAGCAGCAUGCUGGACGAGACAGGCGCUGGACAGACGCCAGCAACAACAAAGAGCGAAGCAGCCGAACCGGAGCCGCUGCCUGCCACUGUCAAAAAGAAGAAGAAGCGCGACAAAGGCGACAAGGAGAAAACGGAGCGCAAGAAGAAGUCCUCAUCGUCAUCUGGUGGCAAACGUGAGCGCAGCAAACGCCAGGGCGGCAGCGGCGGCGUCAUGGACGUUAGCAGCGACAGCAUUGCGACAGAUCUCAGUGCGGGCGCCAUUGAUGAGGGCAUUGUGCUGAACACCGAGGAUGAGGAUACACAGGCGCAGGAAUGGUCCAAGCUGCGCUGCACCAGCGAAGCGGCCGAGAUUGUCGCCGAACGGGAGGCGCGUCGCAACAAGGGACGCUGCGCCGAUUAUCCGGGCCUGGCAUUCGGGCGCUCCAUCUUUAGCUCCGACACAAUGAUGAAGUUCAACAUCAUUCGCAAUGAGCUGCACAACAUCAUGAAUACGCAGCUGAAGCGGGCCGAAUCUGAGGUCCUUGCAUUGAACCGUCGCAUUCAAUUGCUCGAAGAAGACUUGGAACGCUCUGAGGAGCGUCUCGGUUCCGCCACAGCCAAGCUGUCGGAAGCCUCUCAGGCCGCCGAUGAGAGCGAACGGAUACGAAAAGUGCUUGAAAAUCGUACAAAUAUGGAAGAUGACAAAGUAGCUCUAUUGGAGAACCAAUUAGCGCAAGCAAAAUUAAUUGCAGAAGAAGCUGAUAAGAAAUAUGAAGAGGUGGCCAGAAAAUUAGUGCUCAUGGAACAGGACCUGGAGCGUUCCGAGGAAAAGGUUGAGCUUAGCGAAAGCAAAAUUGUGGAGCUUGAGGAGGAGCUGCGCGUUGUCGGCAACAACUUGAAGUCCCUGGAGGUCUCUGAGGAGAAGGCCAACCAACGCGAGGAAGAGUACAAGAACCAAAUCAAGACCCUGAACACUCGUCUAAAGGAGGCUGAGGCACGCGCUGAAUUCGCUGAACGUUCCGUUCAGAAGUUGCAGAAGGAAGUCGACAGGCUCGAAGACGACUUGUUGAACGUACGAGCCAAGAACAAACUGCUGCAGGAGGAAAUGGAAUCCACUUUACAUGACAUACAGAACAUGUAAACAAAUAAUUUGCUUAUGUAAAUUAACUAAACUGCCUGCUUUGACGUCAAUACAGAAAACUGGCGCUUUCCAUAUUAUAAUAAUAGAAACAACCACACACACACACACACACACAUACACAAACACACACGCACACAUUCUGAGACACACAGGACAACGCCAAGUGUCUUCCAUGCAAAGAUAGAGUGAACGCCAAUUUUGAUAAACUCUAAAGGAAAACGUUAAUUAUUAAGCGGUAAACUCAAAGAAAAGCAGACAAGAAAGAAAAGAAAAACUAUAUCACCAUAAAAAAGACAAAAAAAACAAAUGACAAAAGAAAAAUGUUCUCUUGUAGCAAACGCAUUCCAAAUUUACAUAUGUGUGUAUUGCGCAUACACUCAUGCAUACUUGCAAGCAGUGCAAGCUGUGGACUGCUUGGUCGCUGUCAUUUGGAAUGAAUGGCACAAAAUGGCGGCACUUUUAACACUCGAUGCUUUAUUUAAUACUGUUGCAAUAUUUUGUUUUAACAUUUUCUUUCUUUCGUUUUCUUUGCCUUUUCUGCGCUUUCUAAUUUGUUUUGAUAUUGAUUGAAGAAUAAUUAUUAUAGAUGACAAAAGACACAACUUGCAAAUUAGUUUAUGUGUAAUUAUUUAUACAAUUUGUAUGUAAAGUAAAAAACGAAAAGAUUUGUAUUUUUGUCGCCAGCUUAACUACUGUAUUAAUUAUGCUAAUAUUUACAUUGUUUAUACAAUUUAAACAAAUCGCGUAUGCAGAACGUUGUGUAAUAUUUGCUUAUUUAUAAGUUGCCACGCCUAUUAUUUAGACACAAAUUCAAAGCAAAUUACAAAUACAUAAACAAAUAAACAAAGACAACAAGUCAAAAAAUGACACGCACACAGCGCACAUCAUUCCAAUUUUAAGCAUUCAUAAUUCGACAGUUCUUAACGCCCUUCUUGAAAUGUAUUUGAAAUUAAACAAAGAAAAAGGAAAACCUAUUUUCAUUUCGCUAACUGGCUGAAAAUGUGUUCUUGCCCUGCUGAGCAAGUUAAAAAAAAAGGAAAAUACAAGCCUAACAUUAAAUGUCAUCAUAACGAAUGAAAUGAAAAGCAAAUUGAUUUAUUUACGAUUUACAUAAAUUAAUUAUUUAUAUUUUUAAUAUAUACAUACAUAUAUAUUACAUACUAUACAAAUACAUUACCAUGCUGCUGCAAUUGCACAAAUAAAGUAUUUUUCAACAACAA